CUUUUUUCCCCCGUAUUACUCCCCUUCUCUUCUCUUUCCUCUUCACUCCUCCCCUUUCUGUCAAGCCAAGUCGAGACAAGGACAAGACACGCCACCAUCUUCCGUAUUUGAUCUACAUCCACCUUUUUUUCUUCCUUCUUCUUCUUUUGUGUCUAUAUUUCUCCUCUACACGCCCUUCUUUCUCCUCUUCCUAACGACAACCACCUCCGCUUUUGAAUCGGUCUGAGCCCAGAAACCUCAAGCUAUAAACCCCCGCGCAUCAAGGAUCCACGUCCCAUCUCGUACAUAUCACAUACCAUCAUGGCUCCCAAACAAUCCACAGUCGUCCUCCUCCCCGGUGACGGAGUCGGCCCCGAGGUCAUUGCCGAGGCCAAGCGCGUCCUCGAGCUGGUCGCCAAGGUCAGAUCACACAAGCUCAACGUCGCCUUCAAGGAAGAGCUCAUCGGAGGCGCCUCCAUCGAUGCCCAUGGCACUGCGCUGACAGAUGCGGCCCUCGCUUCUUGCAAGGCUGCCGAUGCAAUCCUCUUGGGAGCAGUAGGAGGCCCCAAGUGGGCCACAGGAAACCCCAGACCCGAACAGGGCUUGCUCGCCCUCAGAAAGUCGCUUGAUCUCUACGCCAACCUCCGCCCCUGCACCUUCGCCUCCGACGCCCUGAUCUCACACUCACCCCUCAAAGAGUCCAUCGUCAAGGGCGUCGACUUUAUGAUGAUUCGCGAGCUCGUCGGAGGCAUCUAUUUCGGCGACCGCAAGGAGGCCACUGAAGAGGAUGGUUACGCCUUCGACACCCUCCCUUACUCCAGAACCGAGGUCGAGCGUGUCACCCGUCUCGCCGCCGCUCUCGCUCUCCAGCACGAGCCCGCCUGGCCCAUCCACUCCAUCGACAAGGCCAACGUCUUGGCCUCCUCUCGUCUCUGGCGCAAGACCGUCACCGAUGUCAUCGAAAAGGAGUUCCCUCAGCUCAAGGUCGAUCACCAUUUGGUCGAUUCCGCCGCCAUGUUCCUUGUCAAGAACCCCCGUAGCCUGAACGGUGUCAUCCUCACUGAGAACAUGUUUGGUGAUAUUCUCUCGGACGAGGCCUCCGUCAUCCCCGGAUCCCUCGGUCUCUUGCCCUCGGCCUCCUUGAACGGACUCCCCGAGAAGGGCAAGCCAUGCUUGGGUGUCUAUGAGCCCAUCCACGGAUCUGCACCCGAUAUCGCCGGCAAGGGCGUCGCCAACCCAGUAGGAACCAUUCUCUCCGCCGCCAUGUUGUUGCGUUAUUCCUUGGACAUGGAAGCCGAGGCCGUCGCUGUCGAGGACGCUGUCCGCAAGGUCUUGGACGAUGCCGAUCGCGCCGGAUAUGCCUUCCGCACCCGUGACUUGGGUGGUGACAAGACCACAAAGGAGAUGGGUGACAAGAUCUUGGAGGUUCUCGAGAAGGAGCUUUUCGGUCUCAACGCUGCCGAGGGUGCCCCCGUCGUCCGCCCCUUGGCCCUGACCCGUCCCAGCGGUCGCCGUGGCAUGACCAUCUCUGAGAAGAUCAUCGCUCACAACGCCAUCGGACUCCCUGUUCCCGGAAACGUCAAGCCCGGUGACAUGGUCUGUGUAUCCGUCGACUGGACCCUGGCCUCUGAAUUGACCUGGAAGGGCAUGGACAAGACUUAUGAUCAGAUGGGCCGUCCCACCGUCUACCGUAACGACCGCUUCUGGCUCGCCAUCGAUCAUACUGUCGAUCCCAGCAUCAACCAUCUCCCCAAGCCUCAGGAGCUCAUCAAGGCCUCCACGGAUUUCGCCAAGGAGGCCAAGCUCAUCGACUUUUACGGUGCCAACUACUCGAUUCUCCACACAGAGUUCUACCGCGAGCGUGCCCAACCCGGUCAGAUGAUCAUCGGUGCCGAUUCCCACUCUUGCUCUGCUGGUGCUGUCGGUGCCUUUGCUGUCGGUCUCGGAGCUGCUGAUGUUGUCAUGCCCCUGGUCACUGGUGAGACUUGGUUCAAGGUUCCCGAGACGGUCGAGAUUCGCUUCGUUAACCAGCCUCCCUUCGGUAUCGGUGGAAAGGACGCCAUUCUCUAUGUUCUCCAGCAGCUCAAGCGUAACACCGUCGCCUUUGAGCGCUCGGUCGAGUACACCGGUCCUGGUCUGAAGCACUUGUCCUGCGAUGCCCGUUUCGCGUUGGCCAACAUGGCCACCGAGUUUGGCGGUAUUGCCGGUGUCUGUGAGGCCGACGAGAUCACGGCUGCGUACAUUGCCAAGCGCAAGAACCCUCAACACAAGAACUCGGCCCUGUACUUCAAGGCUGAUGAGGAUGCUCAUUACGCGGAGACCCAUGUGAUCGAUCUUUCCAAGGUUGAAUCCCUUGUUGCGCUCUACCCCGAUCCCGACAACUGUGUCGCUGUCGACGAGUGCUCUGGAACCAAGUUGGAUGGAUGCUUCAUCGGUGCUUGUACCACUGCUGAGGAGGACCUUAUCUUGGCCGCUUUGGUCUUGGAGGCCGGUCUCAAGAAGGGCCUCGUCCCUGCUAUGGGCGGCAAGCGCAAGGUCACUCCCGGAUCGGUUCCCAUUGUCGCCAAGCUCCGUCGUCUGGGCUUGCUCAAGAUCUACGAGCAGGCUGGUUUCGAGAUUGGUUCUCCCGGAUGCUCGUACUGCAUUGCUGUCGCUGCUGAUCAGGCUGGUGAGGGCGAGGUUUGGUUGUCGUCCCAGAACCGCAACUUCCGUAACCGCAUGGGCAAGGGCGCUAUCGGUAACUUGGCCUCGGCUGCGACUGUCGCUGCUUCGUCCUUUGACAUGAAGAUCCGUAACCCUCGCGACCUCUUGGACAGCAUCGACCAUGCCCGCUACCAGGAGAUGUUGGAGAUGUGGAUCGAGAAGGGCAAGCCUGUUGUCUACUCUGAGCCCUCCCCUGUGUACUAUGACGAGCAGACUGCCGACAAAUCCCUCCCUGCUCCCCCACCUUCGUUCUCGGCCACGAUCAAGGGCAAGGUCCAGCGCUUCGAGGACAACAUUGACACAGACGCGAUCAUCCCCGCCCAGUUCAUGCCCGGUACCUCGGACGUGGACCUGGGCACGCACGCCUUCCAGUUUGUCAAGCCUGAAUUCAGGGAAUUGGUCAAGCAAGGAUUCGACAUUGUGGUCGGAGGCAGUGGUUUCGGUUCUGGAUCGUCUCGUGAGGAGGCUCCUCGUGCGCUCCUUGGUGCGGGUGUGAAGGCUGUGAUUGCAAAGUCGUACGCGUUCAUCUAUGCCCGUAACCAGCCCAACAUGUCGUUGCUCGGUAUCACGAUCGAUGACGAGUCGUUCUAUAAGCACGCACAGGAGGGUGCCGAGGUCGCGAUCGAUGUCAAGGAUCGCAAGGUCUACUGCGGUGGUCAGGAGUACCCCUUCGGUUUGUCGUUGAUGGAGGAGCGUCUGUUGGCUGGAGGCGGUGUGACAGAGAUGUACAAGACUUAUGGCAAGCAGCUGUUCCGUGUCGCAACUGCGCCCGAGAAGUCAGGAUCGAGCUGUGGAAGCGAGGCCAAGGCUGCGUCGAAGAGCAACUGUGGCGAUGACAGCGAGCUCGCCUGGUAAAGAAAAAAAAAAGAAAUUCGAAUAACAAGCAUUCGGCGACAUAUCCAUCUGUAUAUAUCCCUGCCUUAGAGACAAAAAGAAAAAAAAAACUCCCUCAUUUGCUAUAAUAAUAAAUAAAUCCAUCAUCAUCAA